AUGCUGCCGAAUAACGAGGUUCGCGUGCCCCCGCCGCGGGCGGUUGCGCAGUCCGCUGUGCCGCGCGACAUCACCGCCGAAUUUACAGAGGCCGCAUCAAAACUACGGACUGGCCAGCUCGUCAAGGAUGAAAUGUUCACGCUCUUCGAGGCGGUGGGCGCAUUGGAGAUCAUGGACUCCAAGAUGGACAGCGGCUACAUAGCACCUGGCGAGAACCUUGCGCAAGCGCUAGAACACGACUACGAUGUGCGACGGGACCUGACACCGGAGGAGCUGGUGGGGUUGAUGGACCAACUGCUUUGCCAUGAGAUGGCAUGGCAUAUGGGACAUCCUCUUUCUCAGACCCUUUUUACGUCUAUCUAUAUCGAUAAGCUAUUGUGGCCGGUGCCGAGAACAAUGGAGGACGCCCGGUUCGACCGAGUGCCCAGCGAAAACCCACUGGUCGGCCUUGUGCUCCGUACCUAUUGUCUCGCACUUGUUAAGGCAUGCGACUUUGUUCACGCCCGUGUGGCCUCUGAAUAUUUCUACGAGGAAGAAGACUUUGUCACUCAAUUAUACAAUCGAAACCUUUUGUCCGCUUUUGACUCAUCGCACUUCUAUCGCCUGCUGGAUCAGGCGGUCAACUGGGUCGAGUCUCAGGAGGGGAUCGAUAAAAAGCUUCGAGAUGCGAUUCGAAGCAGACUUCAACUACGGUGGGAGUUUUUGGCUGCUGUGGAUCAAGACCUUGAGAUCCUGGAUACUGGAUCGACAGAUAGCUUUGAAUCAUGUCUGGCCCACUUGAAGCCUGUAACAGAAAGCGUUGCUCUUGGAAAGGCGGUGCCAGAAGCUUUCAGCUUGAAGCUUCAACGCAAGCUCGCCAGUACUGUGCCGCCUCGGCCUAUCGUCCACAUCAAGCAGGAGGAUGCUCUGGCCCACAUGAAGCGGUUAUGCCAAGAUGCGAUUGAUAUGCAACAGAUGCUGGGAUACAGCAGCCCAAGCAAUUUCAAGACCGCCGUGUGGACUCUGCUAUCUCGAAAACCCCAGCCGUCAGUCUACAUCCGAUCUCUCCUGCAGGCCUUGAUUGUCAACGGCAUGACAAUCCUUGGCGCUGUAUCGGUUAGGCAAUUCCUCUAUGACGACCUUGCUGAGCUGGUCUUGCCAUCAAGUAUAUUGCUUCGAGCGAAUACUGACGAGGUAGAGCUACCUUCUGACCCUCGGUUCCGGAUUGCACAAAUCAUGGAAGGAUUCGUCAAACGCUUUGCCCAGCCUUUUGUUGACACCGUGCGCUCCGCCUGCCUGAACCGUUGUCGGGUCCGACGAACCAUCUGUCAUACUGCCGUUGACUGGGACAAUCUGCAGAUGGAGGCUGAGGAGCUCGACCUCCAACUUCAAAAUCUUAGUGCAGAGCCUGCGUUGCAAUUCCAGGGUGGCGAAGCUACCUUUUCCUACCCACUCAGCAGCUGGGCCUACCACCAGAAACUCAUUCAGCUUCGGCUGAUCCUGCAGAUGGGAUUUGAGCUAUCUAUUUACGCCCCCGAAGAGCUACCCGGUAUCUACUGGUACCUGUCACACAUUUGUUCAACGCAUCUUAGUCACCUUGACCGCAUUCGCACAUUCACCGUGGCAGCUCGAAAGCGCGAUCUCGUGAGCAGUGGCCACGAAGAAAGUUCAGCGCAGAGGUCUCCUGCAUACCAUAGAUCAUUCCUCUAUCUCGAGAGGUUGACGACCCAUAUCAUUGCGAUCGAUGCAUUUGCGAUCGCGCUUCACGCCCUCUAUGUACUACUGGCUCGGCAUCAGAUUCUGCCGUCUGCCGGUGGGCCCGGCGCCUACUCCAGUGAUAAGCUCCGCUAUGAGCUUCGCAUGAAGCCUUUUAUCCCAAUCUCCUUACCUGAACUGGUUCCCUACGAGGAGUACCACCGCGAGGCUACCUUGGAAGGUGAUACGGACGCCACCAUUUUGGACCGUGCUUCCAAGGCCAUCACCGAAGCUCGAAAGGCCUGGGAGGCAACUCUUGCCAAUGGCGCUUUUAUUGAGGACGUCUCGUCGCCCGCAAAAGAACCGUCGAUUGCCAUCGAAGAAGACUGGCGGCGCGAUAUUAAGGACAUGAUGCGGGCCUGUAUCGGGGCUAGCAUUGCAAUCGAGACAGUCAAGAAGGCGCUCCUCGGUGACAAGCCUCCUUCCGAGGAGAAUCCGUUGAACCUUCAAGUGGUGAUCCCCGAGAUUGGCUCCAAGACGCAGUGGCAUGACUGGUGGAUCGUCCCGCAGAUCUCGGAGAAAAAAGCGGCCAACCCGACCACUUCGUGA